AUGCCUCGGAACCCGAUACAAGUGGACACCCUACCAGCGGAUGCAGAGCUAGAGGAAGAUGAGGACGGCACCGGCGAGGGCGACGAAAUCAUGGAGGAAGUCGACGACCAAGAGGAUGGAUACACUUCGUCAACACCCACUUCAACAGUCACUUGGAUCAGUUGGUUCUGUUCCCUACCGGGCCACGAGUUUUUCUGUGAAGUUACCGAGGACUUCAUAGAGGACGAUUUCAAUUUGACGGGCUUGAAUACGAUCGUGCCGUUCUGGAAGGAGGCGAUGGAGAUGGUCCUCGAUGUAGAACCAGACGAGGAUGCCACUAAAAUUCCCGAUGUAUCGAUUGUAGAGUCGUCUGCAGAGAUGUUAUAUGGACUUGUUCAUCAACGGUAUAUCUUGACUCGCGCUGGGCUGCAGGCGAUGAUUGACAAAUACGAGAAUAACACUUUUGGGACGUGUCCGCGCGUUUACUGUCGGUCAAUGAAUGUCGUGCCAUGCGGACGUUCGGAUACGCCUGGGCUCGAUACCGUGAAGUUAUUCUGUCCCAAUUGUAAUGAUAUCUAUGUGCCGCCCAGUAGCAGAUUCCAAGGCGUCGAUGGUGCCUUCUUUGGAACAACCUUCGCGCAUCUCUUCUUUCAAAGCUACCGAGAACUUGCCCCUGCACCCUUCUACAAACCCAUGUCAUCCGGAAGCUCUUCAGCGUCACCCAAAAGCAGCAAUGGUUCAAGUGUUCCGGCGUUUGUGAACCCCAAUCCUCAUGGUGGACAGAAGCGGGCGGAAGGGAGUGUCUACGUGCCUAAAAUCUACGGUUUCAAGGUCAGCGAGCGGGCAAAGAGUGGGCCGCGCAUGAAGUGGCUGCGACUGCGUCCAGAAAGUCCAGAAGAGCUGGACAUGGUUGAUUGGCGAGGAAGAUGGAUAAACGGCGACUAUGACGGGGAAGGUGAUGAUGACGAAGAGGACGAAGACAGACAAAUGGAAGAUUUUGGCCCGGUAUUUUUCUCCGUUUUGAAUUAUGAUUCUCACUUUUCUGACACGCUCGUGUUCUUAGGAUGCUAUAGAUGA